AUCAAAUUAAAGCUUGGAAAUGCCGCCAGCAAGAGGACACUUCCCUUAGUCACAAAACUCGCCUCUCUACAAAAGCUAAGGCAAACUAAUAAAUAACUAAACAAGUUCGUUCUUCAUUCAUUUCUCAUCCAUUUUGAGCAAUUUUCCUUCCUUUCUCGUCUUCACUUGGUUACCCUCAAGAAUCAUGAACGGGAAAGCCUCAAUCUCCAAGGAGCUUAAUGCCAAGCAUACCAAGAUCUUAGAAGGACUUAUGAAGCUACAAGAAAAUAGGGAAUGUGCAGACUGCCGGAACAAGGCACCACGAUGGGCGAGUGUGAACCUAGGGAUAUUUAUUUGCAUGCAAUGUUCCGGGAUACACCGAGGUCUUGGAGUGCAUAUAUCCAAGGUGCGAUCUACAACCUUGGAUACAUGGUUGCCCGAUCAAGUUUCUUUCAUGCAAUUUAUGGGUAAUGAAAAAUCAAAUAAGGAUUGGGAGGCAAAGCUGCCCCCCAAUUUCGACAGAGGCACAAUGGGAAUUGAGAAAUUUAUUUAUUCCAAGUAUGUGGAGAAAAAGUGGGCUUCAAAAGAAGGAUUAAUUAGUGGAGCUACAAAUUAUUUCCCGAAGAACAUUAGUAGGAAACUUUCUUUAGAAGAAAGCAUUCUUUCCAAACACAUGGCACAAGUUCUGCCUCCAUUGACACGAGCUCAUGGUGGGGGUUCCUUAGUUGUGCAAAAGAAGAGUUCAGCUCCACCGUUAAUUAAGAGGGCAUCUUCAUCAGUUGAUUUUGAUAAGUUUAUAGGAAAGAGCAAUGGCAGUUCUGACCUUUUCGCCUUGCUUUCUGUCCAAGAAGAUAAACAAGGUUUCUCAAGUUGGGCAACAUUUGAUUGAGGUGUGAAUUAAAUGGCGCAAAUUCGAUGAAUAGAUUGUCCUACAGCCAGCCGUGGAGUUGGAGCAAGUGCCAUAAGAUUAUCUUUGUUGAUCACAGUACAAUUUGGCAUCAGAAUAAUGAUGUUGCAUUCAUUUGGUGCAUGCUCUUCUUUUUCCUUGAUCUUUUCAACAAUGCCAUCUGUACUGUCGCAGCUAUUUUUGUAAACUCAUCUGGAAGUCUUGCUAGUGGUCGUAUGUAGCAUGACUUACCUAAUUAAACUAGAAUUCUAAAAUAGCUUAUUUAUAAAGAGGGAACAAUA